AUGAGCGACUACAAAUACUUGAAAGGAAAGAAGACUGUUGGAGUUAUCGGAUGUCCGUUUAGCGGUGGCCAGCCUAGAAGGGGGGUAGACUUGGGCCCACUAAGAAUAAUUGAAUAUGGCUUGUUAGAACAGCUUAUUGACCUGGGAUGGGAAGUCGAGUUUGACGGUCACCGCAAUUUAGAAAAAUUACGUCCCACAUAUGAUCCUGAUAUUGGCAAACUUAAGCAACCGCGCUUUGUUUCGAAAGUAUGUCGGGAGGUUUCCAAAACAGUUGAAUCACACGUGAGGAAGGGACAGUUGGCAUUGACACUUGGCGGGGACCAUAGUUUAGCCAUGGGAACAGUUUCGGGAACUUUUGCAGUACAUCCAGACGCGGCUUUGAUUUGGGUUGAUGCACACGCGGAUAUCAAUACACCCGAAACAACCACAUCAGGCAACAUCCACGGCUGCCCUGUAUCUUUUCUUCUUGGCAUUGCAGGCAAAGUUGAAGGAUUCGCAUGGCUCAAGGGAUGCCUCAGGCCCGAGCAAUUAGUGUACAUUGGACUCAGAGACGUUGAUCCGCCGGAAAAGAAGAUUCUAAAGCAAUAUGGGAUCAAAGCAUUUUCAAUGCAUGAAGUAGACAAGUACGGGAUUGGUAAAGUCAUGGAAAUGGCUUUAGAUCAUGUAUGUCCGGAUAGAAAUACACCGAUUCAUUUGAGUUUCGAUGUUGAUGGUUUGGAUCCUUCUGUUGCGCCUAGUACCGGUACGCCUGUACGUGGAGGCCUUACAUUCCGAGAGGGACAUUACAUCUGUGAAGCAAUUUGUGAAACGGGAUGUCUGGUUGCUGUUGAUAUAAUGGAGGUUAAUCCGACAUUACAAGAUGAAGCAAGUAUAGAGGAAACUGUUACUAUUGGUUGUUCUCUUGUUCGGAGUUGUCUGGGCGAGCCAGCUACCCAGAAAGAAGUUUUGGCGCGUGUGGGGGCACUUAACAUACAAGUUAAUAAUCUUUGUCAAUUUUUACCACAAGACAAAGUCAGCGAAUUUGCACAGAUGAAUCCGCCAGAACUACUGGUGGAGACGCAACGUGCAGUAGGGGAUGCACAAUUAGGUCAAUGGCAUGAAAGUUUAAAGAAGUUACGUAACGAAGAGAAGGAUCUAGCGCUGAGUGCCAAAGGGGAUAGCGAGCAGGUGGAAAAUUUAGAGAAACGGAACCAAUUAUUAGAAAGAGACGUAACGAGAUUUCGAGAGCGCGAGUCUAUAAUGCGACGGGUGAGGUUGCUAGAAUUGCGUAUCCCGUUUGCCAGAUAUGCUGCAGCAAAGGAUGAAUACGACAGAGCCAAACGGGAGCGAGAGGCUGCACAUUUGAACUAUAAACGUAUUGAGGAAGAACAUGGUCCCGCCACUCGGGCGAAAACUUCUAUCGAACGAAACGCUCAAUCGGCACUGCAAUCGAGAAGGGAUAAUCAAGAUGCUUUGAGAGUGAAAACGACAGAAAUUGAUAGAAUCGUUCAGCGUCUUGAACAACUGGAGGGGGACGGAGACGACGCACGACGGGCGGUCAGUGAAGCAAAACACAAAGAGAAGCAAAGACAAAAUAGAAUUGCCGGAUUACGUAAUGAGAUACAACAGCUUGAGGCAGUAGUUGCUGGACCACCUCCAGAAUGUAAUACCGAGGAGAUACAGCGUCAACUUGAUGCAGUAAAUAAUAGGUUAAGACAAAUAAGCGAAGACAUGGCGGCGAUACAAGCACAACAAGAAGAUGAAAGUGAUGAGCAGAAAACUGUUAUGAGACAAUACCGUAGUUGUUCGGAACAACGGCAAGCUCUCGCCAAUGUUAAAGAACGUCGCCUGGAGUCCCUGCGCGAGAGCGAUUCUGACAUGUACAAUGCCGUACAUUGGCUCAGGCGCAAUCAGAAUCGGUUCGCAAAACCCGUUUACGAACCGAUAUAUCUCGAGAUUAACGUAAAAGAAAAAAAGUUUAUCGAUGCAGUUGAAGCUGUUGCCGGACAGGCUAUAUUAAAGACUUUUGUCUGCCAAACAGCAGAGGACUAUAAACUGUUUACAGGAGAAGUGAUAGAUUCUCAACGCUUACGCGUGAACGCUAUUUGUUGCGUUGAUAAAGUUUUGGAGAAUUUUAAGCCGCCAGUUCCACUCCGAGAAAUGAAACAAAGGUACGGGAUGGAGUGUUACCUUUUGCAACAGGUUGAGGGACCAAAUCCUGUUCUUACGGUACUUUGUUCCGAGGCGAAUUUUCAUGCAGUGCCUUACGCCGCGAAAGAGAUAGACCAUGAAUCUUUUGUACAAUCCGUGAGAUCCUUCAGGGCGUUCACAUAUAUUUGUGGCGAUAUGCAGUAUCGCGUUGGGUUUUCGCAAUACGGUAAAAAAUUACCGCAGUCGAAUACUUUCCGAAUGAGACCCGGACGAUUUUUGACCGAUUCGAGGAAUAUGCAAAGAAUGCAUGAGCUCGAUGCUCAAUUGAAUUCGCUCAGAGAACGUCGUGAAAAGAUCGAAGCGGCCAUGCAGAGAUUAAAACGCGAGGAAGAUACAUUUCGUGCAGAAGAUGAGGAGCUACGAGAAAAGAAGCAUCAACUAACCGAAGAAAAAAGGCAAUUAAUGAAAGAGCGAACAGACUAUGAACGAGCAAAAGUCAAACUUCAAGCACGUCAGCAAAGUUUAGACGACGAGUUGGGUCGCCCGAAUUACUUAACACAAGCCGAAUCUCAAUUCCGGACAAUCAUCCAGGAUUUUGGACGACGGCGUUGCAGAUUAGUAAAAGAUUAUCAAGUGGCAUUGCGGGAAAUUUUACGUUUAUUUAGGGAGAAGACGGGAGCAGCGUUUAAGCAUAUGCAGGCACAGGCAGAAUUGGUGGCGCUUGCCAGACGUGUAGCAGAGAGAGAUGAUGCCUUGAGAGAAGCACGAACUAAAUUUAAUGAUGCUGAACGCAAGUUCAACGCUGCCAAGGAUCGCGCAAGACAACUUUUAGAUGAAGCCAAAGCGGGCACCGAUAACCUAGACGAGCAAACUCGACAAGAGUUCCAAGACGUAGGACGGGAUAUGACGCUUGAAGAGCUUGAGGAUGCAUUAGUUAGCGAGCGCGCAAAGGCGGAAUUGUACUUCUCGAUUUCUCCACAUAUCGUUCAGCAAUAUAAUCAACGGAAAGCCGAGAUUGAUGCGUUGAAAGAGAAAUUGUCUGGCAAAGAAUCGCGCUUGGCGGAACUAUCAACUGAAAUGACCACGAUACGUGAUAAAUGGGAAUCAAAGCUAAACGAGAUUGUGAAGAAUAUAAGUGCAAAGUUCUCUGCUGCAUUCGAUAAGAUUGGAUGCGCAGGUGAGGUGCGCGUGAGUACACAUGAAGAUUAUGAUAAAUGGGGAAUUGACAUAUUAGUAAAAUUCAGGGAUCACGAGAAACUCCAAGUUUUGACUGGACAAAGACAAUCUGGAGGCGAACGUUCGGUAUCAACAAUUAUGUACUUGAUGUCUCUACAAGAGCUCGCCAAGGCUCCAUUCCGAGUAGUCGAUGAAAUAAAUCAAGGAAUGGACCCCCGUAAUGAACGUAUGGUUCAUAGUCAGAUGGUGCAAGCUGCGUGCAGACCAAACACAUCACAGUACUUUUUGAUUACUCCUAAAUUACUCCCUGACCUGGAGUACAACGAGAGAAUGAAGAUUUUAUGUAUCUACAAUGGAGAAUGGUUGCCCAAUAAGUUUGAUUGGCAGAAAUAUAUAAAGAAUAAGCAGCGAUCAGGGAACGACGCAAAAGGCAAGAAGAGGAAAGCGGAAGUAUAA